CAUAGCAACCAUGGCAUAAACAUACCCAUCAGCAGGGCUGUUCGUAGCUUACAGGGAAUAAAGAGAAUCAGCAGAAAGUCUGGGUGAAUUAAGUUUCUCUUCAAAUGGAAAAUAACUUCAUUACUCUUGGGAAAGGACAGCACCGAGAAAGUUAAAUGGUUGUCGUUUUUAAAAUAUCCACACCUUUUGACAUUGGAGGAUACCUCGUCACUGGCAUUAAGAAUAUGAAAAUGAAGAACAUUUAGCUGAGAUUUCAGAAGUUUCUGAUUAUUUUCCCCAAAUGGCCUCACGGGCCACUGACUGAGGGUUUAGGAAAGUUCUCCCUUAAACAUGAAGACGAUAGAUGUUGGCAUCAUCCUUGGAACACUGGCAUUUGCUUUCUACCUGCCUGUAACGAUGACGACAUCCCAUCAAACGUUAAAAAUCCCUGAAAAGCUGCAAUUGGCUCAUGGGAGAGUGAUCGUCAAUGCUACACCCUGCACGGUCACCUGUGGCCUGGGCUAUAAGGAGGAGGAGACCUGUGAAGUGGGCCCUGAUGGAGUAAAGAGGGAGUGUGAGACUCACCAAACUGAAUGCCAGACCAAUUGGAUUUGUGGGAUGGUCCACUUCACUGUUCCCGUUGGGAAGAAAUUUGAGCUGACCUGUCUCAGUUCAGACAUCCUCCAUUAUGGGCACGAAGCUUUCCGUUUCACCUGGAAGUUUGCCUACGGCAUCGUCUCCACCGACGACGAGUUGUUUAAACCUUUUCAGCGCCAUAUCCAUUCUGUGAUCUUCACACCUGCCCAAGAGCUUGACUCGGGCACCUACAGGUGUGACGUCCAGCUCCUCAGGAACCUGAAGUUUGUCAAGAGAAUCUACUUUGCGCUCAGAGUCAUUCCUUCUAACUUGGUGAACCUCAACUUUGAUCAGUCCCUGUCUGAGGAACAGAAGUUAAUGGAUGAGGGGAUGGAAUUGGAUCAAGGGAACCAGACUCAUUUCCAGCACGUAAAGCAGACUAAAAAGGCCUGGGUGGUGCUGGGAGUAGGAAUUACAGUGGGGGUGCUUGGUGGUAUGCUCUUCAGCACAGUUUUGUACUCUUUGAUGAAAAUUUCCAAUAGGAAGGUGAACACAGAGAUAUAGUAGUCUGGCCGCCAUUCCUGGAAGUUUGCAAGCCCAAUAAGUAGUGCUAGCUGUUUUUUGGAGAGACUCUUGUCUCUGCCCAUUGGUGAGUCCUCAGGAGUAGGAACCUACAGCUAUUUAAGAGCACUUGGGGGUGGGGGCAUAGAAUCUGUGGGAAAAUGCCAAUCUUGUCCCACCUCACCCAUCUUCCUAGUGUUAUACGAGUGCUUGGGUGCUCCAGGAGAAAAUCCAGAUCAUUACCAAAAUUGAUGGGUUUUGUACCUGUUCAAAUUUACUGGAAUUAUUUCCAGUGUUGAUCCUUCCUCCCAUUGUUAAGAUAUUUGAGCAGAGUGAAUGUUCAUAGUUUUGGGGUUUUUUUAUGCUGGAAAUUUGUCCCUUAAUAAAAAAUUUCUGCCUUAUGUGCAUCUUA